UAAACGUAGUUUGCCAAAACAAGGAAAAGUCCAACAUUUUUUGGUAAAUAAAGUCCAAAAUAUUUUAAAGCCCCUACUAGGCUGUCCCCAACUAUUUAUAACCCUCAUAAGCCAUCCAGGAGGACCAGGAUUUCCUUCUGAUCACCAUCUGCCACUGUAUUGCGUAAUUUGUUUGUCCCUCACAAUUGUAGGAGAAGACCCAUAUGAUUCUUCCAAUUUAUUUCCUAUCUGAAAUCUUUUGAGCAAAGUUGAUACCUAGCCACACACAGAUAGGCCGUUCCUCUUUAAAGUAAGAAGAAUGGAAUUAGAUAAACUCAGUAAGCUUGAACAACCUCCUCUCCCUAGCGCAUACAUCCGUAGCCUAGUGAAACAACUAACCACCUCAGGAACAAAAGGCUCCAUCUAUGCGAAAGGCCAAAGUUUUUUUGUGAACGGUGGGGUUUCCCAUGGUCAUAAUUCAAAACAUGGGAAAGUUGUAGAUGCUCGUCGAGCACAGCAGUCCAUGCAACCUCAACAACAUAAAAAACAAGUUAGGAGGAGACUCCACACCAGUAGGCCUUAUCAAGAAAGGCUUUUGAACAUGGCAGAGGCUCGGAGGGAGAUUGUCACUGCCUUGAAAUUUCACAGGGCAGCUAUGAAAGAAGCAAGUGAACAGAAGCAGCAACAGCAACAGACACAAGAACAGCAGAGAAGGCCAUCAGUAUCCCUCCAGCCAUCCCAGUGUCUAACUUUUGAUCAAGAUGGAAAAUUUAAGUCCAGGCGAAAUCCAAGAAUUUAUCCUGCAUGCACAUCCAAUUUUUCAGGCUACACGGAUGAUUUAUCCUAUUCAUGCUUAUCCCACUAUUCAUGCUUAUUCCAACCUCCUCCUUCGGUUCCAAAUUCUUACACCUGGCCCGCUGCUUCCCCAAUCACUCCACCACACCUUAUGACUGAAAACCCCAAUUUCAUACUUCCUAAUCAGACUUUAGGAUUGAAUCUCAACUUUCAAGAUUUCAACAACUUAGAUGCUACCUUUCUCUUCAAUAACUCAUCAUCAUCGUCUAACUCAUCUGCAAUCUCGUCUUCUCCAGAGGAACUUCCUUCCCUUGGAAUAUCACAGGGAGAGGAGUUAUAUUCAAUGGGGGAUACUGUUGAAUCCAAUGCUGCAAGACAGGUAAAUGGAGGCUUACACACAGCCGUGGACGAUGAGGGUAUGGCAGAGAUCAGAUCGUUGGGAGAGCAAUAUCAAAUGGAAUGGAAUGACACCAUGAAUUUGGUCAAAUCAGCUUGUUGGUUCAAGUUUUUGAAAAACAUAGAACACAGGGGACCUGAAGACAAGAACGAAGAGGACACAAACCAUAAUUUUGACCAACUUUUGGAGUUUCCAGCUUGGUUGAAUGCAAACGAGAGCUGCUUAGAGCAGUGCUCGGUGGAUUAUUUUCAGGAUUCUUCCUUGCCUCGUUCUCUUCUCACCUUUAGCCAAACUCGAGUAGCUGGGAGGGCUUUACAGCCCUAUGUACCUUCAAGUGGUAUAGAAUUGUACCCCUUAAAGGCAAUCUUCUCUGUAUCUUAGUGUACGAUUUUCUCGGUCAUGCAGAAGCUAUCUGGUUUAUGCAUGGAUAUUGCAGAUUUUGACAGUAUGGACGACGAUUGGUUAGCGUGACACUACAAGGAUUAGUUGCUUUCAUUUGAUGCUCUCAAUUUCAUAUUUCUUUCCUCGGCCCCAUUUCACUGCUUUAUUUUUGGAUAGCAAAUAAAGCUUGCAAAAUAUCUGUUGAGGCAGGUACCAUCAAUUUGAUUGAUGAACAUUUAUACACCCCUUGCUAUUAUAUCACUGUGUAUUUUGAUAUUGAACAAUAUCAUAUCAGUUCGUGCGAUUCUCUUUCUA